GAAUACUUAGUAGAAUCUUAAAUGUGUUUCUUAGUUUUUGUAAUAUUAAAUCCUUCUAUUUUGUUUAAUCUAGAAGAUCUUCUUUUCCUUUAUAUCCACACAUUUAAACUUUUGUUUUCAGUUAAAAAAUUAAUUGGUUGCUUAUUUUACUGAUUUAUCUUCUUUAAUUAUUUUUACGUCUAAAUGAGCCUCACCUUGCAGAAGGCUACUCUAACUAUAUAUUUUUAAAUCUGUAUAUGUUUCAUUGGACUAUAAUUUUGGGAUUCUUUGUUUUUAUUAAUCUUAUAACAAUAAUUAGUUUCUGAAAUCUAUCUUAAAUUGUAUGUUUCUGACCCAUAUCGCAAUCGUGUGUAUUCCUAACCCUCAGAACAAUUAUAUAUUUAUUUAUUCCAAAUGGUUAAUCUUUUAUUAUUAUAAAUGUGUUUAUAAUCUGAUGUGACUUAUAUUUAAAUGAACAUACCCUAUAUGUAAACUCCCUAUUCCUUACCAAGAAUAGGUAGUCUGAUUUUUUUGUGUAAAAUAUAUUUUAUUUUAAAUGUAGGAUUUUGUAAUAUUAUUUGUUUUAAUUAUUUGCCUCGAUAAAUUGUUUUGUAAGUUCGCCCUUUCUCUCAGUACCACUCAGUUCAGUUUUACAAUUGACAAUUGAUUCAUAAUGCAUUUAAGUUUGUAAAAUAUUAAUAGUUUCAGUAAACAAAGUGUGUGCAUUGCUUAAAUAAUGCUGUGUAUAGAUUUAGAAAUUAAAUAAAUCUAACCUCCUCGAUAUGCGACCAUGGCCGUAGAUAACAUGUUAACGUCACCCCUUUUGGACGAAGAUUCCUCUUCUUAUGACACUUCAUUCUCAUCCAGUAGUAUAUCGCAGACAGACCGACUGAUCUUGUCAGCUGAUGACUCUAUCGAAUCCUUGAUAGAUCACGGUCGCCCAGAGUUAAAUAAUGUAGAUACCUCAACGAUAUGUAAAAAUUAUUUCUACGGCCAACUGGCAAAUGUAAUGAAAUCAGCAAUUUGGUGGAGUAUGAUUGGAGUACUGAUCAAAAACUUCACCUCUUCAUACUAUGGCUUAUCAGUUACGCGUUCAAUUUUUAAUUUGUCUCUAGUUCUAGGGUCCUUCAUAUCGAAUUUAAUUGCAGAAGUUGUUAACAUUAGAAAGCUGCUGUGUUUUACUACUUUGUGCAGAUUAAUGAUAUGGUCAGUUCUAGUCCCUCUGUUCUACACACUGUCAUAUUUAUAUGACAAGAUGAACUAUUAUUGGAUAUUCUUUGUGAGUCUGAUGCUUGUUGAUGGCUUCCAGAUAUCCCUGUCCAACACCGUUGACCUAGACUAUGAAGGAAUUGACAGGAUGUCGCACCAGUACAACAUCCUGAUCCCAGAUAACCUGCACCAGUAUAUGAACAAUGUCUACCAACUAGUGUUUGACUUCUCUUUCAUCUUGAUAUCAGUCCCAAUCUCAAUCAUAAUAUUUCUAAUAGAUAGAUUCACGUCCUUUGACAACAAGUUCGUGCUUCUAUUUGUUUUUAACGUGACUUUUAUGAUUUUAUCGCUGGCUUCGCUGUCCUUUUACAUCUUCGGGAUGCCAAUAAUACGGUCCACCAACUACUUGGCGUACUCUAGGAACAUAAACCUGACUUUUUUCUCAGUUAUGGAGGAGUUCUGCAGCAAGCUCCGCCAUGUCAAGGACGGAUUUAGGAUAAUAUACUCCAGGCAGUACUUGUUCAGGAAUCUUUUGUAUUUCUCCUUCGAAACAUCUUACGAAAACUCCAUCUUUCUCCUCAUCAUACCCCUCAUAUGUUAUAAUAACAUUUGGUUUGGAGACAUGAACAUCUGUGGAAUUAACUUGUUUGCAGUGUGUCUGAUAUCGAUGUGUAAGCUGGGGACAAGCAUAUAUGGGAUCUACGUGACGUACAAAAUCAAAAACAACGCGAACCAUAACCUGUACAUUUCUAGGAAGAACACUAUUCUUAGAUGUUUGGUUUUCAGUAGUUUGAGCAUACUGUUGUUGCCUGGAGUGUUGUUAGUUCAAAGGUACUGUCCCAUCAAGUGGGUUUCGCUGGCUGUCUUGGUCCUGGGGUUGUUUUUGUUCUUCACCUUCACGACUCUCCCCAAGAUCAACUACUCGUCAAUACUCCAGUACAACAUUUCCAACCAUCCGCUGUCUUACAAGCUGUUCGACUUUGUGGGGACGUUCAUAACGCUGGUUGACGCUCUCGUCAUAUACUCGCUCUCCUACGUGUUCAGGCUUCCAAACGACGAGGUCACCUUCAGCCACAUACUCACGUAUGCUGGUGCCAUAUACAUAGUGUAUACUCUUAUACAAAUCACAUUAGAAGUUUUUAAGCCACUGUAAUUUAGUAGUCAUA